UUCUGGCUUAUCAUGCAACGUGGUCCUGUUCCUCUACUCAAUCUGUACGGUCAAUAUAUAUAUAUAUCAUAACUUAGUGGAUUGCAUCAGCGCAUUGAUCACAGAACCUACGAGACAGUUGCACACUGAAGUGAAUCAGAGUCCGAUCCAUGAACACGUGACACCUUCUGCCCCGCGGGGCUGAAGAGCUCAACUAUACAUGUCAGUCCUCUCACAGACAGCUCCCUUCAGUGCACUGCACGCUUACUGCACGUACAGUCCAAGGUGAGUCCGUCGUGCCGCGGUUCCUGUCGAGCAGCCGCGUGCUCCUUCAUUAUCUGCCCUCUGACUUUCUCUCCUCGCAUCUAGGGGGAAGGCGGCGUUCACCAUGGGCCCAGAGGAGAAAGCCGCCGCCGCGUUCAACGGCACCUUCGUGCGCCCUGCGAACUUCUAUCUCAGUGGGUUUUCCAGCGUCCCCCAUGCGAAGUAUUACUACGUCUUCCUGUGCUUCGUCUACGUCAUCACUGUUCUGGGGAACGGCGUCCUGCUCGCCGCCAUCUGCCUGGUGCGGUCUCUCCAUACGCCCAAAUACAUGAUUGUGUUCAACCUGGCCCUGACCGACCUGUGUGGCAGCACCGCGCUCGUCCCGCAGGUCCUGGACACGUUUCUGUUCGAGCGCAGAUCGGUCGUGUACGAGGCCUGCUUGAGUGACAUGUUCUUUGUGCUGCUCUUCUUUUCCGUGCAGUCGUGGACACUUGUCACGAUGGCCUACGACCGAUUCGUGGCGAUCUGCUUCCCCCUGCGGUACCACAGGGUUGUGACGAAGCCGGCCGUCGCCGCACUGCUGCUGUUCCUGUGGGCUUUUUUACUGAGCUUCAUCGCGACUUCUGUCGGCCUCGUCGACCGCCUCUCCUUCUGUGGCUCCGUGGCGGUGCAAAGCUUUUUCUGCGAUCACGGCCCUGUGUAUCGCCUGGCCUGCAAUGACACGUCCAUAAAUAACAUAAUAGCGUACAUUGGCUUCGUCAUAGCAAUCUGCCUCCCCCUGAUAUUGAUAGUGCUCACGUACGUCUGCAUUUCCGUUGCCCUGAGCAGGAUUGCGUCCGCAGACGAGCGGCUCAAAGCACUGAGAACUUGUACUUCUCACCUGAUCAUCGUGGCCAUUUUCUUCCUGCCGACUCUGGGCAACAACAUAGCCGCAGUGGUCUCCUACAUCCACCCCAACGCCAGGAUCAUCAACUCCUCUCUGGCACAAACCAUACCGCAGUUGCUCAAUCCCAUCGUGUACUCGUUGAAGUCCGAGGAAGUGCUGGUCUCCAUCAGGAAACUUUACAAGAGAAACAGGCUCGGCAACAUCGCCUCGUCCAAAAUCUGAGUGCGUCACAGUUGCAUAAUUCGGUGUUUUACUGCGGUAAAAGACAGCCUAGCCAGCAACUGCAAAAUAUAUUAAAAGGUUAGAAAGUAAAAUGGAAGAGCUUAGAAAGAGAUCACUGCACAGCUCUGGAAAUUGUACACGACAUGUCUCAUACAGAGACAUGAAGUAUGGUUGAAUCAACUUGAAUUUAGAACACACUGGUCAAUAAACCAUCAGAUUUUUCAACAACAAUCGAUGAUAUUUUUCAAGUGCUGGUCUCAGCGAACGUUGCCGUCAUUUUCUUGGGAACAGAGUUCACAAUCAGAGCAACUCUGAAAACUAGAGAGGCUCAAGUUCUG